CUACAAGUGUUUUGUUCCAAAAGUGAUGGAUAUCCCGGGUAGACUGCGGAGCGAAGAGCAGUGCUCAGCUAUUGUCGGCUCUCCCAACAUCAGCACCGCUGCCGAGGCCGCAGAGGCUGCUGAGCGCAAGGAACAGGAGGAGGAGGGGCAUCAGCUCAACACGCCCUGGACUAUGUGGAUUGAUAAGACGGAGCGCGGCGCCAGUGCCGCCGAGUACCAGGCCUCGCUGAAGAAGGUCUACACCAUGACCACCGUCGAGUGUUUCUGGGCCGUCUACCGCAACAUCCCGAACGUGCGCGACCUGAACCAGCGCUACACCUACCACAUGAUGCGCGACGAUCGCAAACCACUCUGGGAGGACACGCGCAACUCGCGCGGCGGCACCUGGAAGGUCAAAUGCCGCAAGGAGGACUCGCCGGACGUGUGGAAAGAGCUGCUUCUCGCGGUCAUCGGAGAGCAGUUUGACGAUUUCGUCGCCGAGGAUGACGAUAUUUGUGGCGUGUCCAUUUCGAUUCGUGAGCGGGACGACCUUAUCCAGAUCUGGAACACAAACGCUGCCAGGCACGAGGAGGCCAAGGUGGUGGAAAAGGUCAGGUCGCUCCUACCCGGCGUCAAGUUCUCCGCCAUCUUCUACAAACGUCACGAGACUCACCACGCGUUCGAGGGCAAGAAAUAGAGCUCUGAGAAAGUCCAAACCGCUCUGCUGCUACCAGCUUCCAGUUGUGCCAGGUCACUGGGUGACCCCGGCGACCUUUGGGUCAACGACCUUCAGACGUCGUGACCGACUAUAUAACGGCCAGACUCGCCUUUCCUGCAGGCCAGGAGCCGGGGUCAAGGGUCAGGGCUCGUUGCAGCGACCUUCAGAUGAGUAAUCGUUGGGUCAAAUGAUGUGAGUGAAGGGCAUGGAUGCGAGAGUGAAGUGAGACGAGUAACCGGUGUUGUAGCUGCUUGAUUCUGCCUCGUGUGCUUGUCCGACAGAACAUAUGAGCUAUUUUUAUAUGAAAGAGCGAUCCAGGUCUGAUCGAGAACAUGUCUGUACUCUGUAGGGCAUGUAAGUUGAAUACGGGAUGCUUAGAAGAGUUGGUGGGUGACGAUGCCGCGCCCUGUUUGCUAGUAACUGUUUUCUGAUGGAUUUCUUCUCUCUCUUUUUACGGUUGGGGCCGCAUAUUUGUCAGUACCCUAACUUUCAUCACUUGGUGCUCAUGGACUGAAUGGUAGGAUCGAGAGGCGGUAGGAUUGAGUGCCAGUGGAAAGUCAUUUAUUUUUGUCUAACCUAACCCAUUCAGCCGCGUACAUUUGUUACAUCCUACCGCUCUUGGGAUAGCACAGGCUAUGCAUUAUGCAAUCUACUUAACAUUGACGCUGAUCGCCCUUCAAUAUUCGAAGUCUUAAGUCUGAUUUACAGCUGGUCCUGCAUCGCUCUUUGCGUGGAUUUUACGUGCUAGACUGAUAAAGCGGGAUUACAAAAUAUUAGACAAGAUAUGCAAAAUGUAUAGGCUGACAGCGGUUUGAAACUCGCGAGUGAUAGACAUACUUGAUAUAUUCUUUGUUAUCUGGGUGCCUACCCAAUUGAUCAGUGCAAUGAGCAGCUGAUCCAAACACCCUCUCAUUCUUUAUUCAUCGGUAUUCUCAUAUGAAAGCGAACUGUAAUUUUGCUAACUAAUAUUUCAUAAUGCUACAGCUAGUGCCACAUUUUCGUUUGUUGAUCUCCAGUGAUAGGUACCCUAAAACUAGCUCCGACCUACGUUCAAGCUCCAAGCAGUGUUGAGUUCCACACGCAUGCAUUUGUGAACAAAUGCCCAUAGAUCGUGUUCAGAGUGGUUGACAUGCUCUCUUUGAAUAUUGAAUCGUUCCUUGCCAGGGCUCUAGAUGAGUCGUUAUAGCACGAAUCAGUGGCUGUUUGUGUGCGGAUUUUGUCCCACGGUGCCGAUCACAUCUUGGUCUGUGAGAUUUGCGACGGUCCGUGCUGCCGUUGAUGUUUGCUGCCGGUCUUGUCUCGGACAAUCUGUGCACAUCGCUACAUGUUGUUAGCCUCUAACGUCAUCGGCUAACAUCGGGCGGAUGCGUCAGAUUGAAUGCUCCGGGCCCAGUCCCGUUAGCAGAGCGUGGCAUGCGAGACGGGCCGGUCGCCCCGAGCAGCGGCCUUGACGGGACCGGUCCGUGCCGACUGCGUGACUGACCUAUACGUGACCGACUGUCGGUACGAGACGGGCGGUGCCGUCUUUCAUGAGAGCGAUGUAACGCGGCGCCAGCCCCUUCACUGGGUGUUGCCAGAGACAUGCGUUGAGAAGAUCAUGUUGAGUGCGUUAAGCUCAGAGCGGGUCCGAUGUGUGUAAUGCUUGGGGGUUUCGUUAGCAGGCUGAGACGGUUGCCAGUUGUCGGGUGGUGAGACGAGAGGAUAUGAUUAGUUCCUGUCGCUCGUGCUAUGCCAAAUGUCGCUUCGCUCAACGUUUGUUAGGUGUCGCUUUGUGUGUUGCCUAGCCAGCUGGGUUUUGUCUUCGAUGAACGACCUAACGUGGCGAUGUGCUCGAUUUUAGCUUGCUUUUACUGAAGAACGUGAUCUUUUGUUGGCUCAGAAUCGUAACGUACGUUUGUCGUCGUUUUGUGAGGAUUAAUAUCUGUUCAAAGUUAGUUAUUUCCGUGCAAUUUGAAUGAUCGACAAACGCCAGUAGACGUUGUGAUGGCAAAAGUCCUUGCGAUUAGUUUCUACGAAACAGCUGACUGCGCCAGCUUCCAUAUUCUGUCCACCUGUGACCCUGUAUGCUUAAUGUUUAUGUCUCGAACAUGCCAAAUCAAAACGAAUCGCUUGACAUCGCCACGGAAAGUUUGUAGCUGCAAUUAUCUUGCGUAGCGUGUUCGAUCUGUUUAAGCUGGGCCUUCGACUGGUACCACCAGACCGUUGUUGUUGGCGAUGGAGAUGCUACUUACGGCGUCCCCCGCGCGAGAGCUGACUGUUAGAAGGCUUUGGUCGUUAUCUAUAUGCGAUGACCUGUUACUGUGCCGAUUUACAAUGAGCUGAGGGCGUUUACCUGGUAGGGGAUGCCACACAUUAGUGCUAACGCUGGCUCCGUUGUGCCGGCUAACGACAGGGGCAAGGCCAAGAUAAAAAUGCCAACGUUAGACGAGAGAGAUGGUAUGCUAGCCAAGAGUAUAUCAAACAUGCUGUGAAGACAUGCUAUGCACAUGUGAAUUUUCGAUGUAGGUACAAUAUUCGCAAUAUAUGAUAUGCGUACAA